AUGAUUCAGUACUACAUUGUAUUUGAGAUAUUUAUAGCUAUUUUAUCCAUCUCUGGCAAUGUGUUGGUUUGCUGGGCUGUCGCCAUCAACACCACUCUGAAAACCACUACGAACUACUUUUUGGUGUCUUUGGCUGUGGCAGAUAUUUUGGUGGGUUGCCUUGCCAUCCCCUUUGCCAUAACCAUAAGCAUCGGUAUAUUUUUGGACUUCUAUGGAUGUCUUUUCCUGGCCUGUUUUGUUUUGGUACUGACUCAAAGCUCAAUUUUUAGCCUCCUUGCAGUUGCAAUUGAUAGAUAUUUGGCCGUCAAAAUACCCCUCAGGUACAAGGAGCUGGUGACGGGUACGAGGGCCAGACGAAUCAUCGCCAUCUUAUGGAUCCUGUCUUUCGUCAUCGGCCUCAUCCCAUUCCUGGGUUGGAACCUGAAGGUGACUUCCUGCCGUCAGAAUGUCUCCAGCAGCCUGACGAAUGGCAAGUCUUUGGGGGACAAUGCCAGUACCACCAUCCCCCCCCUGGUGGACGAUCUGGGCAGUGCAGGGGACUUCCUGAGCAGCUGCAAGCUUACCUGCCUGUUUGAGAGUGUGGUGGACAUGCACUACAUGGUCUACUUCAACUUCUUCGGCUGCGUCCUGCCUCCUCUGUUUAUCAUGCUAGGCAUCUAUGUGAAGAUCUUCACCGUGGCCCGCAAGCAGAUGCACCAGAUUGAACUCAAGUGCUCAGUGAGCAGCAAUGGGGACAGCCACCAUCACGGGCUCCUGCAACGCGAGAUCCGUGCCGCCAAGUCUCUGUCCAUCAUUGUGGGGCUGUUUGCCCUAUGCUGGCUGCCCGUGCACAUCCUCAACUGCCUGACCCUGUUCUACAAGGACCUGUGCAAGCCGGCCCCCGUCAUGUACAUAGCCAUCAUGCUGUCACAUGCCAACUCAGCCGUCAACCCCGUUAUCUAUGCCUACCGCAUCCAGGACUUCAGGAACACCUUCCGAAAGAUCCUGACGCGUCACGUCCUAUGUCAGAAGGAGGAGCCUUACCUCCACUCCUCCAAUGGGAGCAGGCGGAACAGAGACCAGAUCCACAUGACCAUUGACCCUUUACUCUGA